AUGCAUCAAAAUGAGUGCUACAUAUGUGGUCGAAAUAAUGUGAAGCUCGGUGUAGUUGCACAAAAGGCUGAGCUCAAUACGGUGAUGUCACCAUCGAACUGUUUCCCAUCAUUACUAUUAACACUGGUAUCCACUGUAAAUCUUGUAAAUACUCAAGCAAAUUGUAAUAACGCACCCACGGAAGCACUUCGGAUAAUUUGUGGUCAAAUCGCUAACUGGGAUGCUAACGCUAAGACUGUUGCUACGCCCUCUAAUCAGACAAGACAAGACCAGUCACCAGGAGCCGAUGCUGGCUUAGGUGGUGCAUCAGCGAUUAGUGCUUCGGCAGCUCCUACUAAUGCUUACGAAUGCAUGGAUUUCGCAUGCCUUUGCGGAUUCUUCGGAGGUAGUGGCAGGUCGAAUUGUGUACUGAGAAAUGGACAACGACUUGGAAAAGCGCUCCGGAAAGAGUAUCGUGUGAUGACAGAUGUAGAAAGAAGAAGGUACCACACAGCUAUGAGGAGAAUUAAAAGAAAUGGCGACUAUGACAAACUUUCAAGAAUUUACUCGUCCUCCAGUACAUCGCCAGGAGCUCAUUCUGGACCAGCAUUCUUGCCAUGGCAUCGAGAGUUCAUCAAAAGGCUAGAAACUGCACUUCGCGGAGUUGAUCCAACUAUAGCGUUGCCGUACUGGGACUCAACACUUGACAACACAUUGCCAUAUCCUUGA